AUGAGCACUAUUGCUGAUCACGUUUCGGCCUGUCUCCAAGAGUUCAAUAGUCUUUGCAGCUCACCUACCAUAUGGGAAAAUGGCAUCCCUGAUGGUGAUGCCCAGGCAGAUAUAUCACUCUUGAAGCUGCAGAACGAGCUGAGCAGAUUCAAAGUCUGGAGUGGAAACAUUGGCGCCCAUCAAAAAGGAAGAAGCUCGUUCGAUCACAGGCUUCGAGAUGCGUCAAAUAUCCGGGACCAGGUGGCUGAGCUUUUGGAAGACUUGAGGGAGUCUUUAAGAGAUGCCAAGGACAUUCUCACUGGACAAUUAACACCAUGGGACCAAGAGCUGUCCCCAGCUGAGUUUUCAGAUGACGAUUCCGACGAUGAACCAUUAAACGUUGACGUAUCUGGACUAUCCGAGCUCUCGCAAAUAUUCGCUGCGAUCGUUGAAGACAUUAACUGUCUGUUCAGACUGUCAGUGUCCAUUCACAAUCCAUCUCCUCACGAUCGCUUCAAGAAAGCCUGCUUAACUGAUACAUCUGGCUACGAGCCAUUUGACGUCCAGCAUGUGUGCAACAAACUCUCCAAGGCUCCGAAACCGAUCGCAGAGAGACUUGGAAAGGCCAUUUCUCGACGAAGACAGUACUUUAAAUACAGAGAACUGCAUCACGAAAAGCUGGCAAGUGGGCUUGAACUCGAUGGUAAGGACCAGAUGCAGAGUACUGUGGCAUCUUCAUUGCCAAAGAAGCUUAAUGUAAAUGAGCCUAUCUCUUUGAAGGAAGACUUGGAUGACGCAUCAGACACCGGAAGAUCACAGACGUCUUGGGCCACAUCAGCUGCGAAUCCAGAGAGGCGGAAGAUACCUGCCCUUCCAGCGGAAGCUGAGAAUGGACCCUUCGAGUGCCCGUUUUGUUUCGUGAUGGUGUCUGUUUCAUCGAGAAAUCAUUGGAAGAAACACGUAUUCUCAGACCUGUUUCCUUACAUUUGCGUCGAGCUGGGUUGUCCCGCCCCAGAUCAAGACUUCCAGAGACGCCACCAGUGGGCAGGUCAUGUCAAGAAAUACCAUUGGAAGACAUGGACCUGCAAGCUUGGAUGCAACGAGACAUUUGUCUCUUUGCAAGACAUGAAGCAUCAUUUAGCGCAGAAGCAUUCAGAAACCAUGAAAUUGACUCAUCUCGCCAGCCUUCUCACCAUGUGCGAGAGGCCCAAGUCAGAGAACGAGCCAGCAGACUGUCCCCUGUGCGGAGAAAGACAAUCCUCAUUUAAACAAUACCAACGCCAUGUUGGUCGCCACCAAGAAGAUCUUGCUCUAUUCGCAUUGCCCCAUCUCCCAGGUGGACUCGAUGAAAAGAACGACGAGCUUGAUUCCGAGUCUCAGGGACAAGACGAAAUGGAGUCUGAGUCACGAGAUGAGUUACAGAAAGCCAGCUCUUAUGUUACCCAUCUUUCUGACGGGAGCGGAGACGAGCCUACAGAUGUAUCUGAGCGAAGCAUUGGACGUCUUCCUUUCAUUGUCAUGACCGGGCCUUCCGAUGGCUCAGGCCUUACUUCCAUAGCUCGCCGCAAGAAUCCUCCGCCUGAGGAUUUCCUUUCCAUGGAGUGCUGCGAGCCCGGCUGCAACAGGUGGUUCGUGCGUCUUUCCGAUCUUAUCAAGCACCUGAAGACUCACUCCCGCCCAUGGAAAUGCCCAGUUCUAACCUGUAAAUAUCAUCAGUAUGGAUUAGUUACAGAGGACGACAGGGACCGUCACUACCGCGAGAAACAUUCUAACCCCCCUGAAUGGUAUGAGUGUGCGUUUAAGCCUUGUCCCUACAAGUCAAAACGAGAAAUGAACUGCAAGCAGCACAUGGAGAAGGUUCACGGUUGGACCUAUGUCCGCUCGCAGAAAUAUGACGGAAAGCUACCUUCAAUAUCAGAUCCAGGUAUGGAUAUGGCCAUUGAGUACUCGAGAAAACCUUUGGAUACAGAAUCUGCAGAUGAGUCUUUUGAGCAAGGGAGGGGAGACCCUAUAAUAACGCACCGCCGCAUCCAAAUGAUGGCCCCUAUCGAGAACAAACAAAGUUUCGAUCCUGCUAAUGUGGACGUUCUGCACCUUAGACAUAAGGAAUCAUUAUACACAUUUAAGUUUUCACGACAUGACAUUAGAGAUGGCAAGCUGCGAGUGUCUAAUAUCAGAGAGCUCGCAGCGGGAAUGACGCAUGUUCCUGAGAGCUUUAGACAUCUGGUCGAACUUUCUUGCAAAGACGUUAAACUAUUGAUCGAUGGCACGCCGAUCCGAAACUAUGGUGUAUCAAGGGGCGAUACAAUAAAAGUCGAAGCGCCGCAGUUCAGGAACUCUAAUCCAUUCAGCGGUCCAGCUGGUGAUGAUACCGUGCUGGAUAAUGGUCGUGGCACUGAGGAGAACAUGGAAUUCGAAGGGAAAGCAGAACGUGACGAACGACGAGCAGAGUUCUCCUCGGAGUUACGACAAAGAGCUACGGUGGAAUCUUUUGGCUAUCAAAAGGCUCCUGCAGGCUCUAACCAGCUGGGUGAAUUAAGAGAUGAGACAGAUAGUGAAAGGAAUGGUGUUCGCAAAAGGACAAAGAGUGGAUGUUUAAACAAUAGCAUGCCAUUCAAACUUCAUUGCGAGGGCUAUAGCCAAGUUGUUAGUUUUGGAGGCUCUAUGGAUGCGAUACAAGGAGCGCCAGUCCCCGAAAUCGAAUCAGAUCUCGACAAAAUGGAUACCCCUUAUGCUUCUGGACCUAUCCAACCAUUUAUAGAGGCCGACCACAAGGUUGUGAUCAGCUCUACACCUGGAGUUAGAUGCCCCACCUGUGCCUUGGAAGGUAAAGAGAUAUGGGUUCUUCCCGGGCGCUGUUGUGGAUAUUGCGGAACGCCAUGUGCGGAGGAGGAUACCCUGAGUCUAGACGUUGAUGAUUCGUCCCCAAAAACUAACCUUCAUGAGGACUGGCCUUUUUUCCCAAUACCAGGCGCCAGUGACGAGGAACUGCCCAAUUCAACUCUCGAAGGUCUCAAGAAGAAACAAGUAUCUUGUCCGAGCUUCUCGGUCAAUGGUUAUUGCAUGGACGGAGCUGAAUGCCCAUUCAUCCAUGAUCCGGCCAUGAUAUCCAGUUCCGAUCCGUCCAGAAAGCCCACUGCCACCGUGGAGUCUUUUAAGAAUCCCGGCCUCACGAUGAACAGCAACGAACUCAAGGUUUGGAAGGCUUUGUGUGCGUUGGAGAACGAAUUGGAAGUGGGAUGGAUUCCGAUGUGCAAUAACGCCAUUAUCUCAGACGAUGGUUCAGCACAAAAGGGAGAGGGAAGGCUCCGACUUAUCGAUGGAAUUUAUUCAGAUGUCAUAAAAAAGCUGAGGCGAAUUGAACAACUUAGCAGGCCUGAUAUCAUGGCAAAGAGACGCCAGAUCGAGGCAAUGGUCGACGACCUUCUAAAAAGGGUUGGAGUGGUGUCAAUGACAGGAACAGAUAGCUAUCAGAUAAUAUAG